UCCUCCUCCUCCUCCUCCUCCUCCUCUCUCUCCGGGUUCAGCGAACUCCAGGAACUGCGCUCCGCACCGCAUCGCAGCGCGCGGAGUCAGAGUAUGUCGCACGCCGGGCCCCCCCCGCGAUGGCGGAACUGCCCGAGAAGGGGUCAGCCCGUGGCAGGGAAAUUUCUGCCUAUGAAGACAAUGUUGGGACCGAAAUAUGACGACCAGGUUCCCGAGGAGAACAGGUUUCACCCCAGCAUGCUGUCCAACUACCUGAAGAGUCUGAAGGUGAAAAUGGGCUUGCUCGUGGACCUGACGAACACAACCCGCUUCUACGACCGCAACGACAUCGAGAAGGAGGGCAUCAAAUACGUGAAGCUGCAGUGCAAAGGGCACGGCGAGUGUCCGAGCGCAGAGACGACGGAGAUGUUCAUUCGCCUGUGCGAGCACUUCAUGGAGAAGACCCCCACGGAGCUCAUAGGAGUGCACUGCACGCACGGCUUCAACCGGACAGGCUUCCUGAUCUGUGCCUACCUGGUGGAGAAGAUGGACUGGAGCGUGGAAGCUGCGGUGGCUGCUUUCGCUCAGGCCCGCGCCCCUGGCAUCUACAAGGGAGAGUACCUGAAGGAGCUGUUCCGGCGCUACGGCGACGUGGAGGAAGCGCCCCCGCCACCACCCUUGCCUGAAUGGUGUUUCGAUGACGACUCGGAAGAGGUGGACGAUGACUUCGGUGUGGUCGGGCAAGAGUCCGGGCCCAGCUCUUCGGCUUCCGCGCAGGGCAAGCGGAAGAAGGAGCGCCUAAAACUGGGCGCCGUGUUCCUGGAGGGGAUCGCCGUGAGGGGGGUCACACAAGUGACGGCACAGCCCAAACUGGGGGCCGUCCAGAGGAAGUGCCAGGAGUUCUGUGAAUGGGAGAAGUCAGGGUUCCCAGGUGCCCAGCCAGUGUCCAUGGACAGGAGGAACCUGCACUUUCUGGAGCAAAAGGGCUACAAGGUCAGCUGGAAGGCGGACGGCACGCGGUACAUGAUGCUCAUCGAUGGGAAGAACGAGGUAUACAUGAUCGACAGGGAUAACUCCGUGUUCCACAUCGCCAACCUAGAGUUCCCCUUCCGGAAGGAUCUUCGCGCACACCUCUCCAACACGUUGUUGGAUGGGGAGAUGAUCGUGGACAAAGUGAACGGCCAGCCGGUUCCACGCUACCUUAUCUACGACAUCAUCAAGUUCAACAGCCAACCAGUGGGUCAGUGUGAUUUUAACACCCGGCUCCUCUGCAUAGAGAAGGAGAUCAUCUCUCCCAGGCUGGAGAAGAUGAAGAUGGGACAAAUUGACAAGACCAAGGAGCCCUUUAGUGUUCGGAACAAGCCGUUCUUUGACAUCCACGCAUCCCGGAAGCUCCUGGAAGGAAGCUUCAGCGCCCAAGUGAGCCAUGAGGUGGAUGGUCUCAUUUUCCAGCCUCUGGGGAAAUACCGGCCAGGAAGAUGCGAUGACAUCCUUAAAUGGAAGCCACCCAGUCACAACUCUGUGGACUUCCGUCUGAAGAUCGCCCGAAUUGGAGGAGAGGGGUUGCUCACGAAGACGGUAGGGCUGCUGUAUGUCGGCGGCUACGACCGCCCCUUUGCUCAGAUGAAGGCUACGAGGGAUCUGAAGCAGUACGACAACAAGAUCAUCGAGUGCACGUACGUCGCUGAAGAAGGCUGGGCUUUCAUGAGGCAGAGGGUUGACAAAAGCUUCCCAAACUCCUAUGACACGGCUAUGGCUGUGUGCAACAGCAUCCAGCAGCCGGUCACCAAGGAGGUCCUCUUUGAGUUCCUCGACCGCCUGGGGACCCAAGGACAGCCCCGCAAGCACCCGGCGGAUCCCGACAGCGAGCUGAUGCCUCCUCCUCCUCCAAAGAGACCCAACCGAGCCAUACCGUAACGCGUUACGUGGGGAGGGUCUCCGGAGUCGGGCGCGGCGGUAGCGUGUACAGCGCUGCGGUGGCGGGGGCAGCCCUUCGCGCAGUGAACUGUUUUACACCCCGGGCCCCGGCAACGCUCCAUAACCUCUCUUCCCAGGAAGAUGGAUGUUUUAAAGCUCUAGACGCCACCUCUUCUCAGAAAAAGUGUUUCUUUUGUUUUGUUUUUUUUCUUUUCCAUCAUGUUAGGGACCGUUUGAAUUAUUUAAUGUUGAAGUUGCCAGUUUAGAUUCAGGUUCCUUUAGAUACGUUGUAAGAAAGUUCCUCUCACUUUAACUGGCUUUGUUUGAUCUUAUUAAAGGUUAAUUACCUUAUGAUGAGCUUGUUUUUUUUUUUUUUAUUUAUUUAUUUUCACUUCACCUUUUCUAACUUACCUGCGGACAUCAUCGCCCAUAUGGCAUCAGCUUAAGAAAGAACAACGAAUACAUCCGUCUACGCGGGUCUCGCAACAUAUUUGUUGAGGAGUUGAGGACUCGGCCCAGUGAUCUUAUCCUUAAGUUGUUGCGCUCUUGCUGAUGGAAGAUUUUAAUGGAAAGCAGCGAAAUAAUGUAAUAAGCAUUAUUGGAUGGGUACAUUCCUUCAUUAAAUAUUGUGAUGCACCUGAAGCUUCACACAUAACAUUCAUUGUGCAAAGACAUUUCCCCUCCCUUUAUGUUGCUGUCUGUAGCUCUUCAUUUCACGGAAUGUCUCUCGUACUCAUAACACUGAAAGCAUCAGGCGUACGUGUUGACCUGCUAUGCAUUCCUCUUGUGUUGUUUUUUAUGCAAAUUUCCAUCCUUUGAUGACCUGGUAAUCUGACAUGUAUAUCCCCCCCCCCCCACCCCACUUGGUUUGGUGCCGGUGACCUGCUUACAGCAUCUCAACAUUCUGCCUUUCUUUUACACUUUGGUUCUGAUUUUCUAAAGACGUUAUUUCCAUCCUUUGUUAUUUAAUGUGAAACAUUAAAGCAGCGUGUUUCCAAUGUCAUCGUACCCUGCUGUGUAUGUUUCUCAGUUAUAGCAAGGAUGGUGUGUCAAAAGCCCAGAAUGUGUUCCUGCGCCAA